AUGGGAGGAAGGGGCGCGACGCUCGCCUUGUUGGCGGUGGUGGUUCUUGCGGCGGUCGGCGGCGCUGGCGCCGAGGCGGAAUCGAGCGAGGCGUCGGCCAAGGGGAGGUACCACGCGCUCUUCAACUUUGGGGACUCGCUAGCCGACGCUGGCAACCUCAUCCAGAACGGCACACCGGAGAUCCUGGCCACCGCGCGCCUGCCCUACGGCCAGACCUACUUCGGGAAGCCCACCGGCCGCUGCUCCGACGGACGCCUCGUCAUCGACCACCUCGCGCAAGAGUUCGGCCUGCCGCUGCUACCGCCGUCCAAGGCCAAGAACGCCAGCUUCGCGCACGGCGCCAACUUCGCCAUCACCGGCGCCACCGCGCUCGACACGCCCUACUUCGAGGCCAAGGGGCUCGGUGCCGUCAUCUGGAACUCCGGAGCGCUCAUGACCCAAAUCCAGUGGUUCCGUGAUCUCAAGCCUUUCUUCUGCAACACCACGGAGGCAUGCAAGAAAUUCUUUGCCAAGGCGCUGUUUGUGGUCGGUGAGUUUGGCGGCAACGACUACAAUGCGCCCCUCUUUGCGGGCAUGGGCAUCCCAGGGGCCUACAAAUUCAUGCCGGAUGUCAUCCAGGGCAUCUCUGACGGUAUUGAGGCACUGAUUGCUGAGGGGGCUGUGGAGAUGAUUGUGCCUGGUGUCAUGCCCACCGGCUGCUUCCCAGUGUACUUGAACAUGCUUGAUGUGUCCGAAGAGGGAAAGGGCUCCCGCAGUGGGUGUGUCCGCCAGUACAACACAUUCUCCUGGGUGCACAAUGCACAUCUCAAGGCCAUGCUUGAGAAGCUCCGGGCUAAGCACCCCAAUGUGAGGAUCAUAUAUGGCGAUUACUACACUCCAGUUAUCCAGUUCAUGCUUCAGCCUGAGAAGUUUGGUUUUGCCAAACAACUGCCUAGGGCAUGUUGUGGGGCUCCAUCGACUCCUGAGAGAGCAGCUUACAACUUCAAUGUCACGGCCAAAUGUGGCGAGCCUGGUGCAACUGCCUGUCCUGAUCCGACAACCCAUUGGAGCUGGGAUGGCAUUCACCUGACGGAAGCUGCUUACCGCCAUAUCGCCAAAGGCUGGUUAUAUGGGCCUUUCGCGGACCAACCAAUCAUCCAAUCCUCAUGA